AUGCUCAACCCAUUCGCCUCCGCAAAGCCAGCCUCAGGCUGGAACCCCUUCAGCAGUCCCAAGAGCGUGCUUCCCAAAGCACUUGCUCCGGCUCCCAAGAAAGGCUUGUUGCCGUCAGGUCUCUUCGGGAAAAAGCCACCAGCGGGACUGCAAUCCCUUACGAAACUUAUUGGGCCCCUUGCGGGAUUCUUACCUAUCCUCCUCCCUCUUCUUGGCGUCGUUCUUGCUGUUGCCGCUUUCCAAACACUCUUUAACAAAAAACCUCUGAGCUCGCUUGUACCAUCCAAGCUAAAGGAGCUCAACCCCUUGAAGAACCUCCCCAGCCUCAAGCCUCUCACAGACAAGCUUCCAAGCCUCAAACCCCUCACAGCCAAACUCCCCAGCCUGCCCAAAUUGCCCGGAUCCAAGCUCCCCACAGACAAGCUCACCAACGGCAAACUCCCUGACCUGAAAAACCUCAAGUCCCCACUCGCCAACCUCCCCAAUGGUAGCAAGCUCAGCAAAAACCUGCCAAAGGGGCACUUCCUCAGCGACAAGCUCCCCAAGCCGCAGCUGCCCGGGCCGCUGAAGUGGCUCAACCCGAUCGAGGCGCUGAAGAGCACCAUCAAGACAACCGUCUUGGACGUGCUGCACCUAGACAAGGUCCCGGGCAUCAAGGACAUCAUCAACUGGUUCAUGAAGCCCAAGGGCUUCAUCCCGAAGGGCACGCUCGCCACGCUGUCCAGCCUGCCCUCGCUGCGGCUGGGCUUGCUGUCGAAGCUCAACCCGCUCAACGCCAAGAUCUUCAACCGCAAGAAGAUCGCCGAGGAGGAGGACGAUGAAAAGUUCCAGGCAGGCGAGCCGUAUGGCGAUCCUGAAGUUGUGUCGACGAAUCUCGUGCAGGAUUUGCGCACGAUUGGCUUCGCGACGUCGGUGAAGGAUUUGAAGACGCUGAUUACGGCAUUCAAGACGAAGGGGAAGCCGCAGAAUGACCGCGAGAUGCUGAUGGAGAAGAUGAUUGCGCUCACCGCGUCUUUGCCACGCACCUCAAAGGCGCGUGGGAAGCUCUCUGGAGUCAUCAUCGACACGCUGUGGUCGGCCCUCCAGCAUCCUCCGCUCACUUACCUCGGAGAGAAGUACCAAUACCGCACUCCCGAUGGAAGCUACAAUAACCCAAUGAAUCCCGACCUCGGAAAGGCGGGAAGCCACUACGCCCGCUCGGUGCCGAGAAUCAAGUCUCAGCACGGUGUGCCCCCGGAUCCAGGUCUGCUCUUCGACCUGCUCAUGUGCAGGUCCGACGAGACCUUCAAAGAGAACCCGGCAGGCAUCAGCUCGGUGCUCUUCUACCACGCGACCAUCAUCAUCCACGACAUCUUCCGCACGAACCGCUUCGACAACAACAUCUCGGACACGUCGUCAUACCUCGACCUCGCGCCGCUCUACGGGUCGAGCCUCGAAGACCAGCUGAAGGUGCGGACGAUGGAGAAGGGCCUGCUGAAGCCGGACACGUUCCACGAGCGGCGGCUGCUGGGCCAGCCGCCGGGCGUCAACGUCAUGCUGAUCAUGUACAACCGCUUCCACAACUACGUUGCGGACGUGCUGUUGAAGAUCAACGAGGGCGGCCGCUUCACGCUGCUGCCGUACGAGACGGAAGAGGAGAAGAAGAAGGCCAUUGCCAAGCAGGACAACGACCUCUUCCAGACGGCGAGACUCAUCACCGGCGGCCUCUACAUCAACAUCAGUCUGCACGACUACCUGCGCGGCCUGACCAACUGCCACCACUCGACGACCGACUGGACGCUGGACCCACGCAUCGCCGCCUCCCGCCUCUUCGACCCCGAAGGCAUCCCGCGCGGCAUCGGCAACCAAGUGUCGGCCGAGUUCAACCUGCUGUACCGGUUCCACAGCAUCAUCUCGAAGAAAGACGAGAUCUGGCUCAACGAGUUCCUGACCUCGCUCUUCCCGGGCUCCACCAAGUCCCUCGACGAGCUGACCCCUCAAGAAUUCGUCCAGGGCCUCUUCGCCUUCGAGCAAACCAUCCCCGCCGACCCGGCCAAACGCGAAUUCGGCAACCUCAAGCGCGGCGCCGACGGCAAGUUCUCCGACGCCGACCUCGUCCGCACCAUGACCGAGGCCAUGGAGGACCCGGCGGGGCUCUUCGGCCCGCGCAUGGUCCCCAAGUUCCUCAAGAUCGUCGAGAUCACCGGCAUCCUGACGGCGCGCAAGUGGCAGCUGGCCUCGCUCAACGAGCUGCGCGACUUCUUCAAGCUGAAGCGGCACGACACGUUCGAAGACCUGAACCCCGAUCCGGCCAUCGCGGACCUGCUGCGCAAGCUGUACGACCACCCGGACAUGGUCGAGAUGUACCCGGGCAUGUUCCUCGAGGACGCGAAGCCGCGCAUGGACCCGGGGUGCGGCGGGUGUCCGCCCGACCGCUUCUGCACGCUCGACUACACGGCGUCGAACCUGACGCAAUGGGGCUUCAACGAGGUGGCGGCCGACUACGACGUGCUGGGCGGGUCGAAAUUCUACUGGCUGUUCCAGCGCGCCUUCCCCGGCUGGUUCCCUUACAACUCGCUGCACAUCAUGCAGCCCAUGUUCACGCGCAAGAUGAACGAGGAGAUAGCGCGCGAGAUCGGGACGAUUGGGGACUACACGCUCGCGGGGCCGAAGCCGCCGGCGCGGCCGAUCCUGCUGACCGAGCACGCCAAGAUAACGGGCGUGCUCGAGGACCAGGCCAACUUCCACGUGCCGUGGGUGCUGUACGAGGACCUGUUCCCCGGCAAGAAGAGCUUCGCGGGCUUCAUGCUGGGCGGCGACAAGGCGGCCAACACGGCGCAGAAGAAGCUGGUCGGCGAGAUCCUCAACACGCCCGCCGAGUUCGCCACGCUGCUGGCCGACACGGCCGUGGCCGUCGGGCGGAACCUGAUCAAGAAGGAGUGCCUGGAAUUGCGCAAGGGGCUGGACCAGCUGGAUAUCAUCCGCGACGUCGCCAUCCCGCUCAACACGCGCAUCAUCGCCGACCUCUGGUGCCAGGACCUGCACACCGACGAGAACCCCGGCGGCACGCUCACGACGGUCCAGUUGUACAAGCACCUCAUGGACGUGCGCACCUUCGGCUUCAACAACAACGACCCGGCCAUGACGUGGCGGCGGCGGGAGUGGGCGCGCGAGGGCGCCGAGGUGCUGAUCCCGACGACGAUGAAGUCCAUCAAGGAGGGCACCGCGUCGCUGACCCCGGGCCUGCUCAAGAAGGCCGGCACGGGCAUCCAGAAGGGCCUCGGCAAGAUCCCGCUGCUCGGCAAGCUCGUGCCGAAGCCCGAGGAGAAGGCGGGCAGCCUGAGGUGGUACGGGAACAAUGUCGCCAAGGAGCUGUUGGCGGCGGGCAAGACGUUGGAGGAGACGGCGGAUAUUUGCUGGUUGACGGCGUUAGCGGGGGUUGGGGCGCCCGUGUCGAUGUUCGCGGACGUCAUGUCGUACUUCCUGCAGCCCGACAACAUCCACCACUGGGAGAAGAUCCAGGAGCUCUGCGGCAGCACCGAUCAAAACCGCAGCGCCGCCGACAAGACGCUGCGCAAGUACGUGCUCGAGGCCGAGCGCAUCGUCAGCAACCUGCGCGGCGCCCGCGUCUGCGUCGGCAGCACCACCAUCGACGGGAAGACGUUCAACCCGGGCGAUUUUAUCGUGUGUCUCUUCGGCCCCGCCUGCCGCGACGGCAAGGUCGUCCCGGAGCCGGACGAGUUCAAGCUGGACCGCCCCGCCAACGCGUACAUCCACUGGGGCGUGGGGCCGCACGAGUGCCUGGGCAAGGAGAUCGCCGUGUCCAUCGUCAUGUCGCUGGUCAAGGUGUGCGCGGAGCUCAAGAACCUGCGCCCCGCGCCGGGCGAGAUGGGCGUGCUCAAGAACAUCAUGGUCGGCACCGAGCGGUGCUACCUGAACGACAGCUGGUCGUGGCUGACGUUCGAUCCGACGACCUGGAAGAUGCACUACGAAGGCUACGGCAAGGGCGUGUACCGCGAGUCCGCCGCCGCCGCCUCCAAGGGCCGCGACCUCAACGCGCUGUACAGCAGCCUGGUCAAGCAGAACCGCAUGGGCCCCAAGGGCGUGACGCCCGAGGCCAACGGCGUGCUGCCCAUCGCGAACGGGUACAAGGACGAGCCAAGCGCCGUGAACGGCGGGACGGCGCCGCCCGCAAAGAAGCCCAACAAACCCGUCACCAACGGCGCGGACGGAUGGUCGUUCGAUGGGGUCCCCGAGAGCAAUAAUGAUGGCGGUGCCGUCAAGCCUCCCGUCGUCAAUGGAAAAGACGACAAUCCCGGCGAGGAAGCAGCAGCACCGGAGGAACAACCUGAGGAGAAGCCCGAAGAGCCCCCCGUCGACCCCGACGUCCUGCACCGCGGCAGCUUCUCGAAGAAGGCCGACGACCGCAGCGGCGCCGGGCUAGGCUCGUACACGGAGCAUAUCACCUUCACCAAGCCUUACAACGCGCCUCCACGCAUCUUCCUCGGCUUCUCGGCUCUCGAGGUCGAUGCCGCCGCGCCCAGCUUCUGGCAGGAGGCCACGAACGUCACCAAGGAGGGCUUUGACCUGGCGGUCCACGUCUCCACCACCGGCAACGCGGCCAAGCUCUGGGAGCUCAAGAGCGUGUGGAUCGAAGUCCCCGACGACGCGGCCCACGCCGACGUCCUGGUCGGCACCUGGGACUCAGCCAAGAUCCCGGGCAAGCCCGCCAGCGACGGGACGGCCGUCGACUCGCCGUUCUUUCCCUACAAGAACUUCCCCGGCGCUGCCUCCGGCACCGGCGCCGCGAAGAAGGGCCGCCGCUCCGUCAUCCCCUGGCUCUCCGGCUUCACCUUCGACGGCAGCGCCGACGAGCCGUUCGGCAUCAAAGUCGACGGGCGCAGCAGCACCAACGACGCCGGCGACCUCGGCGCGACGGUGUCGUUCCGCACGCCGUCGAACCAGGUGCGGGCGCUGCCCAAGAGCGCGCGCGUCAGCUUCCUCGUGUUUUUCCCGAACAACAACAGCGACGGCAGCGCCGGGCUGAGCCCGGGCAGCGCGCGCGCCGAGUUCCCGAAUCCGGACACGGACUCGAUCACGGUGCUGUCGACGGCGAGCAAGCCGAUCGAGGGCGUGGCUGGCGUGGAUAUGUUCCAGUACCUCGAGCCGGCUGAGUCUAUUGCCUUGCGCGUCGUCGAUCGCCAGAAGGAGCCGGAUGAGGCGAAGUAUUCGCUCGAGAGCUGGGGUGAGCCGUUGACGCAUGAUUUGUCGGCGGCGAUCGUUAAGAUUCCGAAGAAGGAGUGA